GUGGGUUCUGAGUGUUACCAUUUUCCAAUAUAGCUGCUUGGUUACAGUGGGUUCUGAGUCUUUCAUCUUCGUAGUUUUGUGUCCGGUCUACUUUCUCGAGAACAGCGUCUUGGUCAUGUCUCGAGCUUUAUUUAAUUUUCUAACAUUGUUUUGCAGAUUUCCGAUGACAACUAUCCAACAAUAAAAAAAGUAUGUCAUCGGAAAAGAUGAACGAGCGUAUCACCAUACUUGACACUUCCAUUGGGAAAACCGCCCCCUGACCCACUCUACUGCCAUGCCUUUUGAGCCUACACCCACUCAUGUAAAGUCAUUUUCGGACAUCUCAAAAGUUGAAGUAUUUUCUACUGUACUAAAAUUCAAGAGGUGGCAAGAAUGUAUAUUCUCCACGCUAGACAAUAUGCCGGAUCAGAAGACAAAAGUCGGUGCCAAAAUUUUGCCACAAUGGACCUACGCGAACAAGGUUUGUCGCCGAACUAUUCUUAGUACUUUAUCUAAUGAGUUGUUUGAUGUCUAUUGCAACAUAGUGGCGAAGAAAAUAUGGGGUUCCAUGAUAGCCAAAUACACAACUGAGGACAGUGUCAAACAGAGCUUUGUGAUAGGAAACUAUUACAAAUGGGAGAUGAAGGAUGAUAGAGAUAUUACAACACAAAUCCAUGAGUACCUGACGCUACUGGAACAUCUUAAGGGCGUCCAAAUAGAUCUACCAGAGUCAUUCAUUAUCGGGAUCCUAAUUGAGAAGUUGGCAGAAUCUUGGAGGGACUACGGGAAAGACCUUAAACACAAUGUUGGGUCAAUGUCGUUCAAUAAUGUCAUCACCAAUAUCAUUAUUGACACAAUUCAAAUAGGAAGGCCAGGAGAGUGCCAAGAGUCAACCAAACAAGUUUACUUCAAAUGCCAAUUUGGUGGAGACAAAGAAUAAAAUUAAAAGAGAGUGAUAGGGUGAUGGAGAUAAUGCAAGAGAUGUUAAUGCGGCAAUUAGAGGUCAUGGCUAUGGCUAAGGAGAGAUUGAUGAAGAAUUGAAAGAAACUCGUCAUGAAAAAUUUAUGGCCAGAAAAAUGGAAAAGAACGACCUACUAGAGAAGGUGCUCGCGGGCUACCGAGACCACUUUAUGAAACUGGAGCAGAAGUUAACGACUCUGGAUCACACCAACGAUUCUCUAAGGGCGGGUCUACACCAAACCCCUCAUACCAGAAGUUAAACACUCUGGACCACACCAACGCUUCCCUAAGAGUGGUUAUGCACCAAACCUAUCGCGCCCUGGACCUACCGGACACAUCAACAACCCGCCGUACAGUACGGAUAGUCAACCGCAGUCCAACUCAUCCAUACUAUACUAGGCAUCUUGAAUACCAUUCGCACAUAGUACAUCCAUAAACAAACAUAAUGUAAAAUACUCAUUUAAAGCAGCAAAAGUAAUAUAACAAGUGUUCAA